AUGAUCACUGAUGACGACGAGCACGUGCUUGCGUAUUUGCGUACGCGGCUAGGCGAGUCACGUGACGCAGAAUUGUUACUAGCCGAUCUGGCUGGGCGGCUAGCCGUUGCAAGUGACAGUGGUAGUGACACAAAAGAUGUUGCCAGUGGAAAUACCAAUGGUACAAAAGAAAAUGACACAAACACAAGCACAAACAAUUCACUUUUACAACCUCUACGAUUAAGUAAAAUAGGGUUAGUACCAGUAGGUGAUACUGGCUGUACUUCUGUGGCUAUUAUGGAUGGCUUACCAUUGGCUGUAAUUGGUACUACUGGUGGCCGACUAGUUACUUGUGAACUUAAAGCUGGAAGCGGUCCAGGGGCAGUGGUUAGUAGUGUACGUGGCCAUGUGGGUGCUGUUUCAGCAAUAACACCUUGGACUCAAGGUGUGGUUAGUGCUGGUCGUGAUGGCCAAAUUAGAGUUUGGCGAUGGCGUAAUGGCCAAGAUUUAUCAACUGGCGAAAGUAACGGAGGCCCCGGUUUACAUCUCGUACGGUCUUGGGUUGCACAUGUAUCUGGGGUUUCCGAUCUUUCACAAGAUGCGGCAGCUACUAAAGAUUCGUCUCGGCGGUUACUUGCGUCUUGUUCACGAGAUGGUACUGUCAAAAUAUGGGAUCCCGAGGAACGUACAGCCACACUUGUAGCCACACUAACACCCCAUGGUCUACAAGUUUGGAUUAGAAGUGUUGUAUUACAUGGAUCAUGUCUUGUGACAGGGGGUCAUGAUGGUCGUGUCAUUUUAGUCUAUUGGACUAAAACUGGUCAAACUGUACAAUUGUCUAGUGUACAAGCACAUCAAACACCCGUAGAGAGUGUCACAUUAUCAUUACAUGCACAUACGAAUAUGCCUCGAUUAGGGUUCGAACAUAUCGUUUCUACAGGAAGAGAUAACACUGCUGUGCUUUGGAAAAUAGGGACUCCAAGGUUUAAACCAGGAACUAAUGAACCACUGCCGUCUAUCAGCUCAUCUCAGCGUACGUUCACAAGAUUAUCUACUCUCAAGGGCCAUGGUUCAUGGGUUCGUAAGGCAUAUGUAUUAUCUCAUUCCAUCAAUCCAUCAUCUUUAUCCAUCAUCACUUGUAGUGAUGAUGGUAGUAUACGUCUAUGGGACACUUCCCUCAUUCAAGCUCGACAAUUGAUGGUUUGGGAUAACAUCCAUUCAAAUUGUUUUAUAAAUGCAUUCGAUAUAGAUGAAAUUCAAAAAUGUUUCAUCACUAUAGCGGCAGACGGUAAUGCUGCCCUAUUCUCUAUACGAUAA